AUGGGGGAAAAAGCAAGAAGUCCAGGUACUGAUCAAGAAAGAAAGGCAGGCAAACAGCAUUAUUCUUACUAUUCUUCUGAUUUUGGAACUACACCGCAGUCCUCUGGCCGAUCAUCGCUGGUCGAUUCUUCUCCCCCUACGAGUAUUAGGGGAAAAAGUCCUAAAAGACAGACUUCAGAUAGCCAAGUGUAUCACCAAGCCCCUAGGAAACCAAGCCCUAAGGGUCUACCGAACAGAAAGGGAGUCAGAGUGGGAUUUCGCUCCCAGAGCCUCAAUAGAGAGCCACUUCGGAAAGAUACUGAUUUUGUUACAAAACGGGUUCUUUCUGCAAGACUGCUAAAAAUCAAUGAAUUGCAGAAUGAAGUAUCUGAACUCCAGGUCAAGUUAGCUGAGCUGCUAAAAGAAAAUAAAUCUUUGAAAAGGCUUCAGUACAGACAGGAGAAAGCCCUGAAUAAGUAUGAAGAUGCAGAAAAUGAAAUCUCACAACUUAUAGUUCGCCAUAACAAUGAGAUUACAGCACUCAAAGAACGCUUAAGAAAAUCUCAAGAGAAAGAACGGGCAACCGAGAAAAGGGUGAAAGAUACAGAAAGUGAACUCUUUAGGACAAAAUUUUCCUUACAGAAACUGAAAAAGAUCUCUGAAGCCAGACAUCUACCUGAACGAGAUGAUUUGGCAAAGAAACUAGUUUCGGCAGAGUUAAAGUUAGAUGACACUGAGAGGAGGAUUAAGGAACUAUCGAAAAACCUUGAGCUGAGCACUAACAGUUUCCAACGACAGCUACUUGCUGAAAGGAAAAGGGCUUAUGAGGCUCAUGAUGAAAAUAAAGUUCUUCAAAAGGAGCUACAACAACUAUAUCACAAAUUAAAGGAAAAGGAGAGAGAACUGGAUAUAAAAAACAUAUAUUCUAAUCGUCUGCCGAAGUGCUCUCCAAAGAAGGAAAAAGACCUUACAUCAAGGAAAAAUGCUGCAUGCCAGAGUGAUUUUACAGACCUGUGUACAAAAGGAGUACAAACUGUUGAAGACUUAGAGGUGGAAGGAUUUCCUAUAACACCACAAACAAUUAUGUAUUAUGAAAACAAAUGGGAAGAACCAGAACGUCUUACUUUGGACCUGGAACCCCAAGAACAAGAUAACCAUGGAGAAGCAGGGAUGCUAAAUCCAACUGUGGAAAGAGAAGAAAAAUUCGUUAAAGAUCAAGGACUCCAUAUUGUAAAACAGGAGGUUGAGAAGCUGGAGGAUGAAUGGGAAAGAGAAGAACUUGAUAAAAAGCAAAAAGAAAAGACAUCUUUACUGGGGAGAGAAGAAAAGCCAGAGUUGGAAACUGGAAGGUAUCAAAUGGAAAUGUACCAAAUUCAAAAUAUUGAUAAAUUGCAAGAAGAGGAAGAAGAAAGACUGAAGAGGGAAAUGCUACUUGCUAAACUGAAUGAAAUCAGCAGAGAAGUCCAAGAUUCUCAGAAUCUAAAAUGUCCUCCUUUGCCGUUGCUACCUGAUUUGGAAUCAAAACUACACUCCCCAGACAGAAGCCCCAAAACAUACAUGUUCUCUGAGUCCUCUGAAAGAUUAUUUAAUGGGCAUCAUUUGCAAGAUAUUCGUUUUUUAACUCCAAAAGGAGAGGGUCAGAAUCCAGGAAAUAUUAGAAGUCCAGCUUCACCAGAUGAGUUUAUAUUUGGUAGCUAUGUGCCUUCAUUUGCAAAAACAUCAGAGAAAUCAAAUCUAUUUAGCCAUAAAAGUUGUGAUUUGGAUUUCCAAAAAAACCAUAUGGAAAAACUUAGUAAAGACAGUGUAGAUUUAAUUACAAGAAAAGAGAAAAAAGCUAAUCUGAUGGAACAGCUAUUUGGUGCCAGUGGCAGCAGCACCAUUUCUUCUAAAAGCAGUGACCCAAAUUCUCUGGCUGCCAGCAAAGGAGACUUUGACCCUCUAAGUUUUAUCCCUGGGGAUAAAAGCAGCAGGGGUAGAGACCAUGAUGAAGACGAAGACUUUUUCCUCAGUGAAGGAAGAAGUUUUAAUUCAAAUAGACACCGAUUAAAACAUGCAAACAAUAAACCAGCAGUAAAAUCAGUUGAUUCUGUAGAAGAUGAAAUUGAAGAAGUAGCACUGAGAUGA